CUUGUCUGUUUGGGGCGGGACCGUUUGGAUGGAGUCGUCACACCGGCGGUCCCCAAAAGUGUGAGAUGGAGGGAAGGGUCUCAAAUGUAGAAAUCUGCAAUUUGGCUUACACUGGGAAGUUUGAAGAACUGAAAAGAUGCGUGUUUUCCGACAGCUCGCAAGCGACGAGAGCAGAUCAGGACAGCAGGACUGCUCUGCACUGGGCCUGUUCAGCUGGGCAUGUGGACAUCGUGCAGUUUCUGCUGGACCUCGCAGUUGAAGUGGAUCUGAAAGACGAUGCCUGUUGGACUCCUCUUCAUAUAGCGGCGUCUGCUGGGAGAGAAGAAAUUGUCAGAUCCUUGAUAUCUAAAGGAGCUCAGUUGAAUGCUGUGAACCAGAAUGGUUGUACCCCACUACACUACGCAGCAUCAAAAAACCAUUACGAGAUAGCCCAGAUUUUGCUAGAAAAUGGUGCAGACCCCAACGCCACAGAUAAACUGGAAUCAACUCCUCUACACAGAGCUUCUGCCAAAGGCAACUAUCGACUCAUUCAGCUUCUUUUGAAAGAGAGCGCUUCUACCAACAUUCAAGACUCGGAGGGAAACACACCACUUCAUCUCGCAUGCGACGAGGAGCGAACGGAGGCCGCAAAACUCCUCGUGGAACAUGGCGCCAGCAUCUACAUCGAGAACAAGGAAAAGAUGACGCCUCUACAAGUAGCUAAAGGUGCCCUGGGAUCUGUGUUGAAGCGCAUCGUGGAGGGUUGAUGGACCCUGAACAGAAAUGAAAGAAUGCACUUGGAGCUGUUGAUUAAGCUGCUCUUCAUGUAUGAAUAAUAUUGUUUAUGAGAGUAUCUGAGAGAGACACAGUAGAGGAACUGCUUUGUGCUGGGCGUUUUCACAGAUGUUCGCUGCAGAGAAUAAAGUCAACAUUAUGUCAUCAACGUUAAUUUUUUUUGGCAGUUUAAAAGCUCAUGGCUUAAUAUAUUGGUCACUUUAGGAUUUUAGAUUUACAGAUAACAUUCUGAUUAUUUUGACUUCAGCAACGGAUGCUUUAUUUCUGUUAAACCUAAAGCUGAUUUUGUUCUUAAUCACGUGUCAUUUCUAGGUUUGUAUCUGUGUGCAAAAAUGACAACACCAUAGUCUAUUCUUUCAUCUUGAUGCUUGUUUUUUUUUUUUUAUAAUGAAAAUAAAUUGUAAUUGAAUAAAA